GGCGGCUCCGCAGAUCCAAGGAGGCUCCGCGGGUCCGACAAGGCUCCGCGAUCCGGGUGGCUCUGCAGGUCCAAGGAGGCUCCGCGCUCCGAAGCGACUCCGCGGUCCGAGGCGGCUCCGCGGCCCGAAGCGGCUCCCCGGCGCUCGGCGCUCCCGGCUCCCCGUCUACGGCCCUCGGGGGCUCCGCGGCUCCCCGGCGCUCCCGGCUCGCCGUCCGCGGCCCUCGGGGCGGCGCGGCGCGGCGCGGGCUGCGGGCGCCCCGUCGGGGCGGCGCGGCCAUGGGCCCCUGGGCGCUGGCGCUGGCGGCGGCGCUGGCGGCGGCGCGGGCGGCGGCGGCGGCGGAGCUGGCGGAGGAGCUGGUCUGGGCCCUGAGCCGCGCCGACGAGGCGGUGGCGGGGCCCGGGGCCGCCCCGACGGCGCCCGGCGCCUUCCAGCGCGCCGCCAAGGCGGCGUGGCGGCUGCCCGGGCGCUACGUGGUGGUGCUGCGGGCCGGCAGCGGCGGGGCCCAGCUGGAGGGCACGGCCCGGAGGCUGCAGGCCCGCGCCGCCCGCCGCGGCUACCUCACCGAGGUGCUGCACGUCUUCCGCCGCCUGCUCCCCGCCUUCGUGGUGAAGAUGAGCGCCGACGUGCUGGACAUGGCGCUGAAGCUGCCGCACGUGGAGUACGUCGAGGAGGACUCGUACGUCUUCGCCCAGAGCAUCCCCUGGAACCUGGGCAGGAUCGUGCCGGCGCCGGCCGGGGCGGGCGCCUACAGCCCUCCCAAUAAAGGGGAUCUGGUGGAGAUCUACCUGCUGGACACCAGCGUGCAGAGCAACCACCGGGAGAUCGACGGCAGGGUGUUGGUGACCGACUUCGAGAGCGUCCCCGAGGAGGACGGCACCCGCUUCCACAGGCAGGCCAGCAAGUGCGACAGCCACGGCACCCACAUGGCCGGCGUGGUGAGCGGGCGCGACGCCGGCGUGGCCAGGGGCGCCAACGUCCGCAGCCUCCGGGUGCUCAACUGCCAGGGCAAGGGCACCGUCAGCGGCACCCUCAUCGGCCUGGAGUUCAUCGAAGCCGCGCUGGAGGCCCAGCCGCCCGCGCCGCCCGUGGUGCUGCUGCCCUUCGCCGGCGCCUACAGCCGCGUCCUCAACGCCGGCUGCCGGGGGCUGGCGGCGGCGGGGGUGGUGCUGGUGGCCGCCGCCGGGAACUACAGGGACGACGCCUGCCUGUACUCGCCCGCCUCGGAGCCGGAGGUCAUCACGGUCGGCGCGACCAACAGCCGGGACCAGCCCGCCUCCAUCGGCCCGCUGGGCACCAACUUCGGCCGCUGCGUGGACCUCUUCGCGCCGGGGGACGACAUCAUCGGCGCCUCCAGCGACUGCAGCACCUGCUUCACCUCGCAGAGCGGCACCUCGCAGGCGGCCGCGCACGUGGCAGGCAUCGCCGCCGUGGUGCUCAGCGCCGAGCCGCGGCUGAGCCUCGCCGAGCUGCGGCAGCGCCUGCUGCGCUUCGCCGCCAAGGGCGGCAUCAACGCGGCCUGGUUCCCCGAGGAGCAGCGGCUGCUGACGCCCGGCGGCGUGGCGCGGAUGCCCCCGGCGCCGCUCCCAGAGGAGCGGCUCUACUGCCGCACGGUGUGGUCGGCCCGCUCGGGGGGCACCCGCCGCGCCACGGCGGCCGCCCGCUGCGCCGCCGCCGAGGAGAUGUUCAGCUGCUCCAGCUUCGCCCCCGACGGCCGGCGGCGGGGGGAGCGCGUGGAGGAGAAGGACGGCGCGAAGGAGUGCGUGGCCCACAACGCUUUCGGCGGCCGCGGCGUCUACGCGGUGGCCCGGUGCUGCACGCGGCCGCCGGCCGGCUGCCGGGUCAACGCCAGCGCCGGGGCGGCCGAGGGGGCCGGCUGCGCCGCGCGGGACCACGUGCUCACCGGCUGCAGCUUCCACUCGGCCGCGGCGGCGCUGGGUGACGGCGGCCGUCCCGUCGCGGGGCCGGGGAGCGGGCCCCAGCGCUGCGCCGGGGGGCCGGCCACCGCCGCGCACGCCUCGUGCUGCCCCGCCGCCGGCCUCGAGUGCCGGGUGAAGGAGCAGGCGCCGGCGGGCUCGGCCGAGAAGGCCACGGCGUCCUGCGACGAGGGCUGGACGCUGACGGGCUGCAACGCCUACGGGCCGGGCGCCGCGGCGCUGGGGGCCUACGGCGUGGACGACACCUGCGUGGCGGCCGGCGUCCCCGGCGGCCGAGCCCCGGCGGCCGUCGCCGUCUGCUGCAGGAGCCGGGGCCGCGGCUGAGCCCGCGCGGCGCCCGGCUGGUCGCGGUUUAGGUAUUUCGGGCAGUUUUCACGUUUCCUAGCCACGUCCCUGAGAGGCUCCUUUCCUUCUUAGUCGAGCGUAAGGGCUCUGCUUUACCGAGUCUGCUGCUUUGGUACCGGGUUUUAAUUUGCAUUGCUACAGUGUGAGCUGCUGCUUCGUUAGUGGCGUUUCCUUGCUGCUGUUUAAGCGCAAAGUCGCUGCCGUGCUGGUGGUAGGCGCUGCUUCGCUGGCUUUCCCGCGGGGCCUUCCCCGCUGCCGGGAAUGCCUCCAAUUCCUUCUCCUUUUAUUUUUUUCUCAAAGAAAGGAAAAGAAAAGCUUUCCUAGUACUUCCGUUUUUACAUUUGUAUCUUAAAUAUUUAUUUGGAGUUUUAUAAACAAACAUUUUAUAAGUGUCUUUUUAAAAUAAAGUGCAUAGAGCAGUGCUUAGUAGA